ACUGAUUACAGACAGGUGUGGGUAAUGAGCUAGGGAGAACAGAACUGAUCACAGGAAGUAAAGCAGGAACAGAAACCGGGAGUGCUACCAAAAUAAAACCGGAAAUGGAACCUGGAACCAAAAUAAGACAAGGAAACAACAAGAAACAAAACCCAGAUCGUGACACUCUCUAUCUCUUUCUGCUGAGAUUUGGUGUUCCUUCCUCUCCGAUAGUCAGACGCCAGUGAUGCAGGUGUGAGACUGUACAGUAUAGAAAUAAACCCUGGCCAAAGAAAGGGAUUAAAGGCAAAGACAACUUGAGGAUUGUGUGACCUUUGCAUUAUACCGUGGUUUAUGAUUUGCUUUUCUCAUUAUCUUUUAUUUUUCUCUGUUAUUACAAUAAAUUACACAAAAGACAACUCUCUCAUCAGCUUCUUUAUUACAAAAUUUCCAUCACAUUAAGUUAUUACAUUAUGCAGACUAUGUCGUCCCAAGUCACACUCCAGUUGCUGCCCGGUGUCAGGUGCUGGUGUGGCAGAGUUCACUAUUUACAACAGAAUUAAUUGAAAAAAAGAAAACCAUUCUCAACAGUCUCAAAGGUGUAAACCUAAGACAAAUGUGAAUAUUUAAAUACAGAACCAUGCGUCUGUCAUUGCAAUGGUCACUCCUCACACCAGCUUCUGUUAGGGUGCCAGAAAUACUCACUAUUAAUACUGCAAUACAAGUAUGGCUAAAUAUACCUAUAUAAGAAAGACCAGGUAGCUUAAAAAAGCUGAAUGUGUACACCUGCUCUGAUCAGGAAUGGACAGUGUAAUGAACUCAUCAGUUAUAUACAUAGAGCUGCUUGGAUACUGAGCAGUAGAGAGUUUGAGCGGCAGAGUUUGACCUGUCAAUCAAACUGUUACUGAGCUCAAUCACUUAUCUACUGCAGCUGUGCCGUUGUUAUGCUUCGAAGGCAGGAACCUCCACAAUUCAGCUCAAUCAGUUGGGAUGAAGCUGAUUUGCUCCCCUGCUCAACAGGCUUGUUACAGCAAAACCAUGGGGGUUAUCAAAAAAAUAACUUCACUUUAUGAAUCCCAAAGCUUCAAUGACUAACUGGUGUGAGUUUUUAUGUUUGAGAAGUAAGAAUUGUGGCCACAGUCGCAAUUGAAAAAUACCAGUCUUUCUGCGCUUUCCCUCAAAAGUGCAUUAGAGUUUAUGGGUGAAAUUUUGGAACUCUCUACACUUUCAGGCAGCUACUGUACAGACUAAAGUAUAGGUCUGUGUGUUUAGCCAGACACAUUAGAAAGAAGACAAGUAUGACUAGGGCUUAGUGGAAAAAAAUUUGUUCAUAGAGUGAAAUCUGUGAUAAUGACAAGUUAAAUCUGUGUAAUGACAAGUUAGAGAAAGGUUCUGUUUUAAAAAAACAAUCCUCACACAAUCAAUCAAAAACCACCCUAUGCCUAAACUGCUAUAACUCAGAAACUGUUAAAGAUAUUAAAAAGCUGAACAGUGCAUUAGUUGAAUAGUUGAAGAUUGCUUUGUAGUUCAAAUGGUGUCUGUAGCUUGAAAUAUGCUGAAGUAGUUAAAGCUGAAAAAAGACAAAGCUGAAGAGGAUUUGAAAAUGGUUUUCCAUUCAUUUCAAUGGAAAACAAUUAAUGAAAAAAGCUUAAUAACGUAAAAAAUAUGAAACAUUAGAAAAGUAAUAACCCACGUUGUCUCAAAAAGCUGUACGUUUUGAUAUUUGAAUGGUUUCUGUAGCUUAAAGUAUGCGGGGCUAGUUUGAUGCAGACGGAAGAAAUAUAAUAAACAUUAGAAAAACAAUACACACAGUGAAUGCUUCCAUUGUAAAUAGAUUAUCCCUGUUGGAACUGCUGUCAGGACAUUCUAUUCGUCCAAAAGGUGUGUGUACCUUAGCGUUGUCUUUGUCUUCUCAAUGCGUAACGUACACUGGCAAGAAGGAGACAUCCAUGGUGAACUGCUCUUUGACUCUUUGUUGCAAUAACAUCAUUUCAUUUCAAACACCCCCUCAACCACAUACAGGUCAGAUGGAAGCAGAUUCACCCAUCUGGACAGAGACGAUCCCAUCUGGAGCUGGAGAUGUCCUCACAGAUCCGACUGAGGCUGCUGCCUGGUGUCAGGUGCUUGUUCGAUGAGCUGGUUCAGGUGAAGGUGGCUGGACUGAAGCCGAGGCAGGUGGUGUCGGUGAGAGCCAGGGCGACGGAUGAGAAAGGACUUGAGUUCAGGUCCUCGGCCACCUACAGGGCAGACGGGAGUGGGUUCAUCCACCUGGACAAAGACCCCUCACUCGGCGGGAGCUACGUAGGGGUUGAACCCAUGGGGCUGCUGUGGUCACUGAGAGCUGAGAAACUGCACCAAUACUUUUUCAAGAACAAAGCGCUUGAACCUUUUGUGGUGAAGUUCUCUGUGCAUGAGGGGGACGAACAGGGCAGGAUGCUGGCGGAGGAGACCCAUGAAAGGUUUCUGAUUGGUGAAGGAGUCAGCAGGUUCUCUGUCAAGGAAGGGAAUUUUGAAGGAGUCCUCUUUACUCCUCCAGGACAGGGUCCUUUUCCUGCUGUGCUGGAUCUGUGCACCUUCAUGUCGGAGAAAAGAGCCUCUCUGCUGGCCAACAAAGGCUUUGUGGUUCUGGCUGUAGCAGUUUACACUGAGAAACCUGGCAACAACAAACCCAUGCACCUGGACCACUUUAAAGAAGCUGUGGAUUUUCUACAACGACAACCUAAGGUGGGCAGUAAAGGAGUUGGUAUAAUCUCACGGUCAAAGGGAGGAGAUGUUGCUCUUUCUCUUGCUGCCUUUGUGUCAGGUGUUGCAGCAGUAGUGUGGAUCAACGGCUGCAGUGCUGUUGUGGGUUCUCCAUUGUACUUUAAGAACCAAGAAAUCCUCUCACCACUGCCAGUGGACUGGAGCAAAGGGAUUUCCCAUGAAUCAGGAGCUAGUAUAGUCAGGUACAUGCUUGGAGAUCCUCGGGCAGAGGAGAACAGAGGCACUGUGGUGCCGGUCGAACAAGCACAGGCUUCUUUCCUCUUUGUGGCUUCAGGGAACGACCUCAACUGGGACAGCGAGGGUUACAUGGACGAGAUGGUGGAGAGACUGAAGCAUCAUGGGAAAAAGAACUUUGAGACAGUCUGUUACCCCAAAGCCGGUCACCUACUGGAGCCGCCUUAUGGGCCGUUCUGUCCCUCUGCCACACAUGGACUCAUCAGCACUCCAGUCCUGUGGGGGGGCGAGCCCAGCGUUCAUGCAGCAGCUGAAGUCCAGCUGUGGAAGAAGAUCCAGGAGUUUCUCACUGAUCACCUACGCUGUGGUUCUAAACAGUCUAAAGCCCAACUAUAGGUCAGAGUGGUUGACCCAGAAAGAAAAGACACAUGUAACAUGUAAAUAUUAAAGAUGCUAAACUCAACACAAUGCGUUUAUCCAGGAGUCCAUCAAUGGUUCAUGCGCAUCCUGUUUCCUUAAUUGUAGUUGUUGUAAAUUUUUAGAAAUUCCCCUAUCAGCUGUAGAAUCCACAACUUCAAGAAAAACUGGCAGUGGCCUACAAAAUAAAGUAGUAUUAUUGAAUUAGUUGCUACCAGCCACUCAGAGCUAAUGUGCAAGCUAACAUUAGCAAUGUAAGCUAGCGCUGCUCCCGACAGUCCAAAACACGACAAGCAGCAGCUCGGACUCAAAUUUCACAGCACAAACUAAAACAAUAAAAGGUUGAAUAUAUUACUUACUCAGUGCUUUUUCGACCGUUCUGUCCCGGCUGUCUUUUCUGGUAUUUUCUUGGCAUCCUGAAGAUUGUUUUGAAUACUACUUUGUUUGCAUCCAGCACAAAACUAAUGAUCUGUAACGCAAAAGUUCCCCGACAGCAGUAGAAUCCACAACUUCAUCCAACUGGCAGCAGUGGAUUUAUUACAGCACUGGGAUAUUAGAUACAGACGUAUCAGACAAGGCCGCUCUAACGAGAACAGCUGCUGACACUAAAGUAUCAAAUGUAGACAUCUUAUAAAAUACACAAGAUUUAACGUCGCACAAAGACACAGUGGUCACAAAUUAAACUGGUUUCUGCCGUCCACGAACAGCGUGUUGAUACAUGUUAGAUAUGUCUUAUGAUAAAGGCUUUGCAAUGGCCUCUCAGUGGCCCAGUGGUAAAGACUAUGUCUUUGAGUUUAUUUUGCUGCGGUGGCAGCGGGAUUAAAUCCCCUUAAGAAAUUAUGUUUCUGCUAAACAGAGUUAGAGAAUCCUCUGGCAUAGCAGAACAAGUCCACCCUGAUCCCCUUCGAAUUAGAGUGUAUUUUUCACUAUUUAAUUGUCAGAAUGCAUAUUACUAUUGGCCACAUUUCCCAUUUUAUCAUCUCACCUAAAGGAACAUAUUAGGUUGUGAAGGAACAUAUUUUUUAUAGUAGUAAGAGACUGGACCUUUCGCCUCCAUGUAUUCUACACAAUUCAUACUCAUUCUUAAGUAUAACAAAGGUGUAAAUGUUCAGUUUUGACCCUCAGUGAAGUUUUUUGUUUUUUUUUUAA